AUGUGUAUAUGUUGUCAACUCGCGUCGGCUUCAACGCGUCACCUACGGAGUAAACACCGGCGCAGCCCAUAUAUUCAGGCCGCGCCCGCAGAGACCAUCAACCAUGCCAUGAAAUCCAUUCCCGAGAAUAUCUAUCCCGACUAUUGCCACAGCCUGUCACCGACGAUCGGGAAAUGGUGUCCGUUACAGGCAACCGAUGUGCACCGUCUGCGAGACGUGGGAAUGUUUUCCGAUGGCAGAGUACUCUACCAUCUCGGCAAUCACCCAGUCAAGUGGGUGCGGAUCACCGGCGUCGUCGUGGCAAUGGAUCAGUAUCCGGGCAAGAGAGUGUAUGUGGUCGAUGACAGCAGCGGGAUGAAUAUCGAGUGCGCAGCUGCUGCGCCAGUAAGCUCUCCUAUAAACGAAGCUCCAGCUGUCCCGAAGCAUCUGGAUCAAAUUGCUUCACUGAUGGCUGCCAAACCCUCCAACGCGCCGCCGAAGAAGCCAGAGCGAAUGAAGGAGACCCAGGGCGAGGAAAAGAACACGAGCCCUUCGGUUCAGACCCCAAUGGUACCUUGGGAUGAGAUCGAUGUCGGGAUGGUAGUGAAGGUCAAGGGCCGGGUCAACAGCCGGUGGGAUAUCAUUCAGAUUGAGGUUGUCAAGGUGGAAGUGAUGCGGUGUACAGAUCAAGAGGUCAGGUGCUGGAACGAGAUUAUGGCAUUCAAGAGAGAUGUGUCAGAUCGUCCGUGGGUGGUUAGCAAGGAGCAGGAAGAGAAGUGUAGAAGGCUCAAGGAGCGAGAGUUGCGUGGGUCCAAGAACGGUGGAAGGAGGGCUGAGAGUAGAGAACAGAGGAAGAAGAGGAAGGACGACGAGAAGAAAGCGGCGGAGAGAAGGGAGGAAAGGAAGGAGAGUGUCAAGAGGAAGAGGGAUGAUGAGAGGACGAGGAAACGGACGAAGGCCGGUUAUCCUUCGACGGCCGUGAUGAAGGUAGCGGCCGGGCAUCACGCUGCUGUUGGGAUUUGA